AUGUUGAGUAGGAAAGACGCUGCGAACACAAUCACGACGUGGGUGCUUCCGAUCAUAGGCCUUAUUGUUCAAGCACCCUGGGAAAGCAACCAGGCAUGGGAGACAACGCUGGCUUUCUUCCGCUACUUGGGAUCCCCAAUCUCCGUUUUAUCCUACAUUCUCUGGAAUAUCAAAGUGCAAGGCAAAGCGGCAUUGAUGGUCGAUAUGUCCACUAAGUAUCACGAGUACCCCGCCGAGGGCUCGGAGUUCUCCCACAUGAGAGACUCGAUGUACAUUCUCUGCGUCAUGAAUCAGUACUCGAUCAAGCCCUCCUUACCAGCUAUCGAGUCGGAACGACUCCUUCGCAUCGCGCUAUUCAGUAACAAGCUUCAGCUCAACAGUUCAAUGGAUGAUCGUGACAACAUUGUUGCGCGACGGACAGAGCUAGCCCGGGUUCUGCGCGAAGGCCGAAAGAAAGGGGUAAUACCAGUCUUUGUCUCCUUCCUUUGGUUUGUAUUUGCGCUUGCCCUCUCAGUUGAGCUCGCCUACGACAGCAUUGGUGGCAAUCAGACUGCUCACAACCUUGCCCUCGGGCUUCUAGUAGGCUGGCUACCCGUCUUGGUUGUUGCGAGUACUGUCGACCGUAAUUCAGUAUCUGCCGACUCCAUCCGUGAACGGCUCAAUGAUCUGGUGGAAGAAGUACGACGAUCACUGCUUGGGACAAGCAGACUAGAGGACCACAAACAAGCGACCAAUGAUGAUGAUUGCGACUCUGCAACAAUGGGGCCCUUACACGACACGGAAAUCUUUGAUGGCAACUUCUUCAUGGCCUUCGGUGGCCAGGGUCGCACCCCUUUUCACUAUGGCGUGGCUCAUCCUAUCUUGAGCGGCAUCGAAACCAAAUUCAUGGCUCAAUAUGGUCGUGACUGGCUACGUCAUGGCUAUGCUGCGAGACGUGCUAUGGUCAUAGGCACAAUCAAUAUGAAUGGCCUGAAAAUGUUCGAUUCGCGGUUCACACCAACAGUGGGCCUAGGAUGUCGCACCGGCGGCUACUUGGUUCACAUCAUCCUCGCCCUCUCGCUCCUUCUUAUCGAGUUUUCUGCGUGGGCAUUCACCUACGACAAGACUCAUACGCAUGAUGAUAUCUGCCGCCGCGUGAGCACUAGACUGGAACAUCGCUUCACUGACCCCGAAAAGGGACUUUCCCAGGAUUCUCGCUUACAGAAGAUGAUCACACGUCUUCGUGGCCACGCCUUCCGCGACGUAGUCAAAACCCUCAUUAUCCGUCCCCUCGAGGCAAUCAACGCUGGCUGGCUCAUCUACAUAAUCGCUGCUCAGACCUUCGGCUCGUAUCAAACAUGCGAAUGCUUCGCCUCAACCUGGUCCCAACAGACAGGUGGCGGCUACAUCGAUUUCGCAGCCUACGACUAUUAUGCUGCACGUGGGGUCUACGUGUACUGGUCCGCCGGCGUUGGCCUCUCUUGCUCCGUCAUGGCAUGCGGGCUCCUAUACAUCGCACACGAGUACUGCACCCAAAGCAACCUUAGCACCGAACAUUACGGAAGGGCGAUGAAGGGGUUGGAGUGGACGAGAGCGUACAAGAAGUACUCGCGGUUUGUGAGGUUGGUGCCUGAUAUGAUUCUUACAUCGGCCAAAUACCUCACCUUCCGCAUCACGGGAGGCACUACGAGGAAUACAAGACGUAGUCUGGUGUGGACAGUAGAUCCGAAGCCAAGGGCUGGCAUUCAUGUUUUCGGACUGGAUGAUGGGGUGGAGAGCUAG